AUGAGUCAUUUUGUGGAGCAGGAUGGCCAGCGGGACAAGGUCGCCGCUCCGCUGAUGCUCAUGCUGAUGUGCACCAUCGCACAGGCCCCGCACGUCACGGACGAGGUCCUCACCAGGGCCUACCGGGUGUGCGUAGGAUUCAUCACGAGGCCGCGGCACGUGGCCGCCUUCACCAAGUCUGUGCUGCAGUUCAUCAGCACCGAACGCCGGGCUCCAGGUAUUUUCCACCAGAGGAUGAUCAUUUCGGAGCAAAACCUUCACAUAAGCAGCUUUCCGACUGUGGCCAAGACCAGGACCGUGGUUCUGCUGGUGCCGGGCUUAGUGUCGGAGAAUCUGGUGGGUCGACUGAUGGAGGAGGAGGAGAAAGGACAUUCCAUGGACGAGGCCAGCUUGAAGCAAGCGUGGCACUGCCAGAUCCUCAAGCACACCUUCCAGGCAGUACUGGGCCCCACUAUCAAUGCCAGGGAUCUACACAAACACCUGAGUAACCAAGAGAGGAAGGUUCGGGGUUGGCUGGAGCACGUGGCGGGGCUCAUGGAGAGCACGGCACGGAGAGGCGCCCGGGAGUCGCUCCAUGACCUCAAGUCUCAGCUGCUCGCUCUCUACCUGCAAGAGAUAAAACCUGCGAAGGCAGAUGGAAGUAGGCUUUGCGCGGCAGACUCGAUGGCGGAUUGUAAACUCCUCCUUGGCGCCGUGCCCAAGCCUGACAUCCAUUACAAGGCCUGGUGUGGAAAUAACUCACUCGAGAACAUGUUGGGCGACAUCAGCUCCUCGGACACAGACCCGUCCACUCCGUGGAAGCAGUCCGUGGUGCCGCCGAAGACACGGAUGGUCAAAAACCAAAAAUACUCGAUCCAGAGGAAAAAUGGAAUUCGCGACCGAUCUCGCAGUGCGAUCAACACGACCUGCGAGUCCGCCAGCUACCCCAACACUGGCACCAGGCUCGCAGAUUCUGAACGUUUUAGGAUCACAGCAGCUGGUCGGAACGGCCAAUCAGAGGACAGCGUCUCACUCCCAGCAUGCACUGUGCGCAUGGUGGUGAUUGGGGACGACAGGACAGUGGCACAGCUUGCGCGUGAAUACCAUGCCCUCAGAAAGAAGGAGGGGAGGCAAAUCAACUUGUGCAGUGCGGGACUCGAGCUGCGUUUGUUUUACAUCCCAGUGCAGUGCGAGCCAACGACCAAUCUCUCACCUUCUUCUCCAAGGAACAACGCCAAAAAGGACGCUGCAGCGCUGGCUGCUGAGUUUGGAGACCGCCUGCGAGUGGGUCAGUUCCUGGGCAAAUCGGACGCAUGGUACCGGCAAAAUAUCCAGCAGCUGGGACGCAUCAUGACCAACCUGCUGUCCAUUCCGAAGGGCUCCCCCGUGCAGACGUCGGGAAGAGACAUGCUGAUCACGGACAUCAUGUGCGACUACAUGCGGAUGGCUCACGUGGUCGCUCCGCUGCCCCUCUACUCCGCCAGGUUUGAAAUGGCUUCCGGAGAACAAGCAGAGGAGGUGUUUGUCACUCAACUUGAAAUCAGGGACUGCAAACGAUCGCCUGAUGCGACUGUGCCAAGAAAAGCAGCACUCCCCGAUGAGAAAGAAGCCUUGCUAUUCGAGAUCCAAUACACAAAGGUGCCAGUGUGCACGCCCAUGUCUGCGAUGCUCGUCAAGAUGUCAAAGUUUCUGACUGCGAUCAAGAUAGAGGCCAUCACUGCUGACGGCACAGAUGCCGGUGGCCUCACUGUGACGUUCAUGGAAACGAGCAAUGCGAAGGGCCGCCGUUCGAACGACAAGAUUCCGCAGACAAUAGCGCGUGUGAAUUCGAUCACAUUAUCUGCUCCGAGGGACGGAAGAUUCACAGCGUGCUUUGACGAAGGACCUACGUUUGAGAACAUCAAGAGAUGUAAGGUUAUCCCAUGUCCAAAGCCAUCAAGUGCCAAGGAAAUGCCGCACCACUUACUGAUGGGCAAUGCUCCAGCAAAUCAGCUCACUCUGCCCAUCAGAAUCUUCUGCCCAGCGCUGUAAAAAUCUGUGAAGCGAAAACAAUCAUCGAAAUGCUGAAGCAAUCUCAUCCUCAAGCUUAUUGCAUUCUGAUAUUUGAGAUGGUUUAACGUAAUAGAGUGUCACUGUGAUUCCACUAUCUGGCCGCUGUGUGGACGAGCACUAACAGGGGCCCUGAUAAGACCUUCAAAUCCAAAUUAGUGGCGAUGAAAGAAUACAGAUAUUGAUGUGAUGCAUGUACCAUAUUAUUAUAUUUUACCAGGCAAGGCCCAAUGAGCUGUAUAGCUCUUUUUCAGAAGCGACCUGGCCACAAACGAUAGCCCAACGAAGCGGCUUAU